AUGGAUUCUGUUCAUUCAACAAGAAGACAGGCGAAUUUUCUCAAGACAUGCAUUAAUGGCAUCAACGCUUUAUCAGGUAUUGGCAUUCUCUCAAUCCCAUAUGCACUCUCUUCAGGUGGCUGGCUAAGCUUGGUUGUCCUGAUCUUGAUUGCUCUCGCUGCUUUCUUUACAGGGCUUUUAAUUCGCCGUUGUAUGGAAUCCAACCCUUUGGCCACUAGCUAUCCUGAUAUAGCUGGGAUUGCUUUUGGUCGAAAGGGAAGAAUUAUAGCCUUGGUUUUCACCUGUUUAGAGCUCUACCUUGUUGCCACUGGUCUACUCAUACUAGAAGGUGACAAUUUACAUAAACUUUCUCCCCAUUUUGGUUUCAAGUUUGGAAGCUUGAAAAUGGAUGGAAGGCACUCGUUUGUCAUUGUGGCUGGACUUAUCAUCCUGCCUUCUAUGUGGCUAAGUGAUCUGAGUGUUCUCUCAUAUCUUUCGUUAGGUGGGGUGCUCUCCUCACUUAUAGUGCUUAUCUGUGUAUUUUGUGUUGGUGCAUCCGGGGUUGGAUUUCAUAGGAAGGGGAGCCUUGUGAAUUUCGAGGGUCUACCAACAGCAGUUAGUCUAUACACAUUCUGCUAUGGAGCUCAUGCUAUGUUCCCUGCCAUUUACCUUUCCAUGAAAAAGAAAAGCCAAUUUUCAAUAGUUCUACUUCUUAGUUUCAUGAUCUGUACAAUCACAUAUAUGACAAUGGCAAUACUGGGUUACCUUAUUUAUGGCGACGAUGUACAAUCACAAGUAACGCUGAAUUUACCAACUGAGAAAGCUAGUGCAAAGGUAGCAAUAUACACAAUUUUGGCAGGUCCGGUUGCGAAAUAUGCUAUAACCAUAAUGCCAAUUGCUACUGCGAUCGAGAACUACUUACCUGUGAAACACAGACAUAAUAAGGUAAUCAGUGCGACAAUAAAGAUGUGUGUAUUGGCGAGUACAGUGGUAUUAGCUAUAACAUUACCAUCAUUCGAGUCUGUAGCAUCUCUUAGUGGAGCAGCCCUUGUGGUUUCUGUUUCUUUCUUGCUCCCUUGUGCUUGAGAUGGUGGUGCUUCGAUAGUUCUCAGUAAAGGCACGACAUUUGUGGUCGGUGUUGACGGUGGUGGAAAAAACGAUGGUAACCGGGGAUGUUGGGUGUUCUUCGUGGCUAUAAUGGUGGUUUCCAACAAAGGUAGGGCAGAUGGCGAUGGUGUCAACUGGUGGUGGUUUAUGCUCGGUUAUAAAGGAGGUCAAUGUAGAGAUGCUCGACGGUGGUUAAUGGCGAUAAAAAUGGUGUGGCUUGGUGAAUCUUAUGUUCUCGGCAACAAACACACGGUAGAGAUGAUGGUGGUUUAA